CCUUCGGGCGACAGCAUGUCACUUCUUAUGGAUUAUUCCGCAGUCCUGAAGCCGGUCAACGAGUACAACAUUGUGGACAGGAUUAAGGAGGCCAACAAGGAGCUCUUUGCCCCGGACGAAGCCCUCGCCGAUGGCAACGGUAAGGUGACCAAAGUGAAGUUCGCCUUGAAUUUGGAGGACUACGAGCCCACUGGUCAGCAGAAGGACUUGAGCCCCAGUCCACCAGAUGAGCUCUUGCAGCAGUUAUCCCAAUUGAAGCUCAAGCCCAUUGCUGAAGAGCCGGUAGUGGCUUCGGUUACUGAGGACAUCCCAGUUCCCCCACUUGAAGUUCCUGAAGCUGAGGAGGUGGAGGAGGAGAUAUGCGAGGAAAUCCUGGACAUAACAGAGGUGGUCCAAGAGCCAGUCGUGCAGGAAGCUCUUCCAGUGGACGAUGAAGACGACUUCUCCGGGGUGGACGAGGCCGACUUGGAUGACUCGCCCUCGAAGAAGGAUCCCGCCCUUCCCGCAGCCUUUCAGAUUCGACAGAGCACCUUCGACCACGGCGAAUCCGACCAGAAAAGCCUGACCAACCUGCUCACCGAGUCCGACUGCGAGGAGGAAGAGCGCACCCUCAACGAGGCCCGCCAGAAACUGAGGGACGCCUACAAGAAUCUGUACAAGACCCUUGAUCCAAAGCAGCAGGCUACCAUCGACAGGUUGACGGGACUGGAGGCAGAGGUACCUCUACCCGAUCCUGAUCCUACUGCGGUGGCUGUUGCUGAGGAGGAAGAGGAUAAUCUGUCCAUCAUAGUGGCCAGCUACAUUCCGGAGGACUUUGAGCUCAACGAGCAGAGCAUUUACUUUAAGAAAGAGGAGCCAGAGGAUGGCCUGAAAGGGGCCUGCACAACCACCUGUCCCAAAGCCACUUCCAAAACCUUCUUCACUUCGCGCAGUUUCAGCUUCCGGCGCAGGACCAAGCCCACGCCCACGCCCUCGUCAGCUUCCGCCUCGGGAUCCACCACCUCGCCCACCAUUCGGAUGAACUAUAAGAUCUGCUGCGAACAUCGCAACUCGCUCCAGGGAAAGCUGCCGCGCUAUACGGGCUACAUGUCGGAGUACGGGCUGAGUGCCCAGCAGUUGCAGAAGCGGGAGCAGCAGAUUCGCCGGAAGCAGCGCUUCUCCAUGGAGCAGACCCUCAACCGCAACGAGCAAGAGCUGAAGAAGAUGCAGGACAACGAGCGAGCCUUCACCACAUGGCUGAAGAACAAGAUGCGGUAUCCGAUCAACAAGACCCGCAACAUGUUCGACGCCCACAAGAGGCGGGGAAGCGUGGCUGCAGCCGGAAACUCGGCUACUUCCCGACAACAACACCAUGGCCAUCACCACGAGGAACAGGCUUGUGGCGGACGUAGGAGACGUCGGGACAGCGGAGACGAGGUUGUUCAUGCCUACAGACACCUCUUGGGGAGCUGGAAUAAGUAGCCUUAAUAUA